UGGAACAUGGUCUCCAUGUUGAAACAUGUUCUCCGUGUAGUGGAACAUGGUCUCCAUGUUGAAACAUGUUCUCCGUACCCAGACGGGCCUCUGAUGGUUUACACCUGUGUCCGAGGCUUCAGUCCAGUGGGUCAGCAUCUGAGAGGAGCCUCCAGGCUGCACACGGUAACAGAUCAUACUAGCGUCUCGGACCGUGUCUCUGCAAGAGGACACGCCUCUGCAGGAGGACAUGAGACAGAGUCAGCUGAUCAACAGGUGGUGGUGUCUCUGUACGACUACAGGGCGUCCCGCUCUGACGAGCUAACGCUGCGCCGCGGGGACGAGGUCCAGGUCCUCUACAGGGACAACGAGAACUGGUGGUUUGGACGGCUGUCUGACGGACAGCAGGGAUACUUCCUGUCCUCAUACGUCUCCGACCAGAGAGACGAGGAGGGGGCUCCGGCUGCUGAGGAGACGGAGAGGAAGACUCCCACCAAGGUGUCUGCUGCCAUCAGUUCCUCCGGAGAGCUCCGAUUCCUGUCAGAGACAAACGACACAGAGCCAGAGACACAGGACACCAGGUGAGACACUGAGACACAGGACACCAGGUGAGACACUGAGACACAGGACACCAGGUGAGACACUGAGACACAGGAAACCAGGUGAGACACUGAGACACAGGAGACCAGGUGAGACACUGGGACACCAGGUGAGACACUGACAGAGACACAGGACACCAGGU